AUGCUCAGUCUGGGUCCCUAUCUACCUACAUACCUGGUAAGUGGUGUUUGUAUCCACCCGCCCAUAUUAAAGUGUGACUGUGACUACCCAAGGAGCCACCAGUCCAUAUUAAAGUGUGACUGUGACUACCCAAGGAGCCACCUGCCCAUAUUAAAGUGUGACUGUGACUACCCAAGGAGCCACCCGCCCAUAUUAAAGUGUGACUGUGACUACCCAAGGAGCCACCCGCCCAUAUUAAAGUGUGACUGUGACUACCCAAGGAGCCACCCGCCCAUAUUAAAGUGUGACUGUGACUACCCAAGGAGCCACCCGCCCAUAUUAAAGUGUGACUGUGACUACCCAAGGAGCCACCCGCCCAUAUUAAAGUGUGACUGUGACUACCCAAGGAGCCACCCGCCCAUAUUAAAGUGUGACUGUGACUACCCAAGGAGCCACCCGCCCAUAUUAAAGAGCCACCCGCCCAUAUUAAAGUGUGACUGUGACUACCCAAGGAGCCACCCGCCCAUAUUAAAGUGUGACUGUGACUACCCAAGGAGCCACCCGCCCAUAUUAAAGUGUGACUGUGACUACCCAAGGAGCCACCCGCCCAUAUUAAAGUGUGACUGUGACUACCCAAGGAGCCACCCGCCCAUAUUAAAGUGUGACUGUGACUACCCAAGGAGCCACCCGCCCAUAUUAAAGUGUGACUGUGACUACCCAAGGAGCCACCCGCCCAUAUUAAAGUGUGACUGUGACUACCCAAGGAGCCACCCGCCCAUAUUAAAGUGUGACUGUGACUACCCAAGGAGCCACCCGCCCAUAUUAAAGUGUGACUGUGACUACCCAAGGAGCCACCUGCCCAUAUUAAAGUGUGACUGUGACUACCCAAGGAGCCACCAGCCCAUAUUAAAGUGUGACUGUGACUACCCAAGGAGCCACCCGCCCAUAUUAAAGUGUGACUGUGACUACCCAAGGAGCCACCCGCCCAUAUUAAAGUGUGACUGCGACUACCCAAGGAGUCACCCGCCCAUAUUAAAGUGUGACUGUGACUGUGACUACCCAAGGAGCCACCCGCCCAUAUUAAAGUGUGACUGCGACUACCCAAGGAGCCACCCGCCCAUAUUAAAGUGUGACUACCCAAGGAGCCACCCGCCCAUAUUAAAGUGUGACUGCGACUACCCAAGAAGCCACCAGCCCAUAUUAAAGUGUGACUGCGACUACCCAAGGAGCCAUCCGCCCAUAUUAAAAGUGUGA